UCGAGGCGUCAGGAUCGUCGUGCUAGGGUGGAGAGUGUCGCUUCUCCUACCACCCGACCUACACACACACACACACACAUACACACACGCACACGCGCGCACACACACACACACCUACUUCUCACUACAGAUCUUUCUAUCUUUAUAUACAAUAAGUAUAUAAAUGUGCGGUAGAGAUACAUAGGCCAUACAGUUACGAGGCUCUCCCCUCCCCAUUCCCUCGGCCGUCUACUUAACGACCACGUGCGCCGUGUGACAGCUGAUAACCGGAGCUACAGCGAGAAAGAGGGAGAGAGACAGCGCGAUACUCGCCAAAGUCGAAUAACGAAAUACACACAUCAUUCGACAUAUUUUUCUGUCGCGAUAAUCAUUGAAACUGCGAUUAUUAAAAGUUGUACGUUCAAUGACGCUGCGAGAAAAUAGGAGUAAACAAGAGACUGGAGCCUGCGCGAGGGGAAGAGAAAAAUGCAGUCGGAAGCCGGCCACAGCGUCGAUUCGUCCAAACGAAGGGAAUCUCAGGUUCGCUAUCUCGCGGGUAAUCGUAUCCGCGGAUCCUGAAAAACGCUCCGGUGUACGAGGAUGAAUUGACCUGAUUUUCAGAUCUUUUUUCAUUACGAGAUCGGAAUUGGUUUUUCGAAUGGGCGUUUCAUACGACGGGACUGACGAUGAUUUAAGGACGGGAAAGACCACAGGCAUGCUUCGAGGUAUUUUGUCUUCCCCGGAUUAAAAAUAUUUCGAUUCUUCGGAGCAGCGAUCCCGCACACUUUUUUAUUCUAUUCCUCAAGUAUCUGUGCCCAAUCACGUGGCUUUAUCCGUAUAUGUAUGUCAAAUACUGUUAAGAUGAUAAUUCGACGAAUCGUCGGAACGAGGAAUACCGACGACGAGCAUCGCGACGAAAAAAACUACGGAGUCGUUAUCGUACCAGCCGCGUUAGCAACUCUUAUCGCGCUACGAGAAUAACUUUGCGAGAGUGAAAGAGAGCGAGAGAGAGAGAGAGAGAGAGAGAGAAGAGGAGUGUGAAGAAUGGAGAGGGGUACGUCGUAAACAAAACGCCGAAUGCAACGGUAACCUCCAAUUCUUCAAAUUGGAUCGGAUUUUUCCAUAUUUUUGUUAUUCUCGAUGAAAAUAAGCCGGUUUCGUAUGAGGUUUACUCACGACCGAGCUGGAGCGAAGAAUAUCGAAAUAAAUAACGGCCGUGAUUGCGAGCUCGAGAAGCCGAAACGUUCCGGGAGUGCGAAGUAUCACGAUAUAAUCGUAAUCGAGGAUAAAGCCGUGACCAUAAUCGGUCAACGCAUCGAUACGAGCGAGCUAUUUAGCUACAGUUCGAUGCGCGUGUUGUCUGGACUCCGAACCCCGAGCUCGUGCUCGAUGCAUACGCGAUUGUCGAUUGUAUACGAAUGAAGUGCGAGUGUACCUUGCAGCAGCGUGCGACCAUCAAUCGCCGAUAAGCCUCGAGAGCCAGGCUCGCCGGUCGACAACUCACGCGAACAGUACGAGACGAGGAACGCACGAUAAUAAGGAAAAAUAUAGUAGAAACCGCGAAGAAGGAAAAGGAGACACCAAACUGUCCGACUUUGAUCGAAGGGAGGCAAAACGAUGUGACACUUGUGACAAAUGAGGAAAAAUGUGAUUGCAACUGCGUAAGAAGAAAUAGUGAAGUCUGAGAUUAAAUUUGUGCUGCGUUUUUAGUCCCGUCGUUGUUGCCGUUUCGCUCGUACUCACGCGGCUAUACCGUGCGCGUGUCUAUACCGUUUAUUUAUUCGCGAGAAGCACUCCGCGGCAAACGACAUUGGUUAGUUCGUGUACGUUGAGGGUGGCGAGAAAAGAGCAAGAUACGGGAGAGUUAUAGGGGAAGCUGCGAAACGAAAGAACAGAGAGAAGAAGAGGGAGAGAGAAAAAGAUCACGCAGAACGGCAGAUAGAGAGAAAGAGGGAGUGAGAUAGAACGGAGAACGAAGAUUCCUGGGCACGCGCACUCCACCUGCCAGCGUGUAGUGGCACGCGCCAUAAUCCUCUCCCUCUCGUAGGCCCUCACUCCGUUCUGGCACUGUCUCUUUUCCUCUCUCUCUCUCUCUCUUUCACAUCCUCUCCCCGCUCCUUCGAUCCCCCCGGCUCCCUCUUCCACCCACUUUGUACUCCCUACCGCGAGAAUCCGUGGAACCGCACACAAGUCUAUCCCUCCUCCCCACCCCGUAUAACGCUGCCUCUCACACGCGUGCCACGGCCGUGAGCCGGGACGCCCGCGCGGGACUCCAAUCGCUCGCGGACUUCGACAGGGCGAACACACGACCUGCUUGCGUCGUGUCUAGAUAAAAACAACCCCCGUUUUCUUAAAGUAGCGAUCGUCCUUACGAUUCUCUAUUUUUUCUCGCCCCCCAUCCUCGCACGAAGCUCAUGUUUUCGAGGGACGAUAUUUGACAGCAGCUCUCGAUUCUGUAGAAUUUGUCUACGAGAUUAAGAAACUCGUGUUGUGAUUGAAAAUCUUCCAAGUUUCGUCGAACCGAGAAGCUUCAAGGGGAACAAUAAAUUACAUUCGCUCGUCGUUAUUCUCUGUUCUACCCUCUCGUGCACAGGGCCAUUCCGGAAAUACACUUUUUGUGAAAAUCAACGGACUUUGGAACUUUGCUCUUUGGAAUACGAGAGAAUAAAAAUCACGUCGUUUAACAGCGAAAAUAAUGACAAUUUUUGACUCUCGAAAAAGUCGCGCCUACAAGUGCCCUCUCUCUCUCUCUCUCUCUCUCUGUCUUUCUUUCACUGAAUUCCAACGUGGAUAAAUGUACACUCGCCUCCUUUACACGUCGGUGAUUCGAUAAUACACACGCUUUCGUUCCAACUCUGCGAUCCGAGUAUGACAUACACUCGAGAACGGCGAGAUCGAGCAGCAACGGGGCACAGAUAGAGAGAGAGAGAGAGAGAGAGAGAGAACGCGGGAGAGAAAUACAUAUUGAGAGGGAGAAAGAGCGAGAGAGGAAAAAAGAUAGAGGGGGAAAACGAGCGUGACUGUAAAAGCUCUCGCGGAAGGCGCGGGGGAGGGAUAAAGAGAUCGAGAAAGGGAAAGAGAUAGAGAGAAAGCGAGAGGGAACGAACAUCAGCAGUGAGAAGAGCCGGAGCGUAAAUACAGGACAAUCGCGAGAGAAAUACGCGAGAGAUCGCGUGCAGUUGCUCUUGGACCUCGAGUUUUUUGUGUACCGCCCGGGUGUUUGUUGUGUGUGCGCGUCUUUCAAUACUUCUGCAUUUAUGAAAGAACACUUAUUUCCAAAGCGUUUUCGCUACGAGAACGCCGCGAGUGCGUAAAGUUUCAACGUUGACAUUCGGAGCUUCGUGAAUAAGCCAAGUCCAACGCAGUGCUCCAAAUCCUUUUUUUCCCCUCGCAAGGGAUUUCUUAUCAAGCCUUCGCACUACCUCAAACGACGCGUUACGAUACUCCUCCGACAACGACAUUUUACGUCAACGCAAAGUUAGUGUGACGAAUCAAUCAUACCAAAGAAUCGGACGAAAUACGAAAUUCCUAAUCGUGAUUUUCUGUGAUCAGCGAAUACUGAAUCUCCCGAGUUUCGUGCAAGUUUUUCAUUAUUUCAGUAGAAUUUAAUAUCAACCUUUGUGCUCUCGCGAUCUAACACUAUUCCCGAGAACUUUGUACAACGACACAAAGCGACGAGGAGCACGCUGCAUAUACGAGGAAUUAAUCAUAAACAUCAAAACCCGACAUGGACAAAUUUUAAAAGAAACAUUAUUCCUCUAUUCUCGUUAGCUCUCACAACAAAACGAGUGAGCUUACGAGCAGCUUCGGCAUGAACGUACACGACCGUUGCGAACCACCUGUUGACGAUUUACGAGAGGAAAAUUGACGUUUCGAAUGCUAUAGUUCUUUCCUCAGCGACAAAUAGCGUCGUCCACUCGUUAUAAACUGCUUUACAUCGAUCUCAUCAUUAUCGUGUCAGGCCUCGUUACAACCUCGGGAACAUUGUUAUGCGAAUAAAAGUGUUUUUUUUAUUUUUUUCCAUUUUCCAUUAUUUCCGGAGACACCGGUGAAUUUAGAACGACCAGUUUCUCGUCGAAGCUCUCCCGUACGCUCAAAAAGCUUCGAAACAUCUCAUUGCUUUAUUCCCGCGAAGUGCCAGUACGACCAGAUGGAAAAGAAAAAUUGAACGGAAAAUAAAUCAAUCGGUCGUCGAUCGUCGAGCUGAUAAGUUUGUGUGGGAAAGUCCUAAAUCCACUGAAGUUAAGAGCGAAAGAGAGAAAAACGUGCGUGACACAUACUUCGUGGAACGUCAAGUAUUCGUGGCUACGGGCGCUCACGACGCCCAAACGACAAGAGCGAGAGAGCGAGCUACAUGCUACGGUAUAUCUAUAGAUAUAUACAUUCGAAUAUACGGCUCUGUGUACAUGUACUCGUCGGCACCGCGAGGUUGACUGAAGCGAUAUCGACUCCCUCUCGUCAAACGAGACUCGCGUUAUCGCUCUCACACGCACUGAACGAACCGCCACGCGCGGGAUUCGAGCAGCGUUGCUGAAGAAUCUCGCGUCGAGAUUUUGUUUGCGGAAAACAAAGCGAAUGAAAAAAGUAACGAUGGCCAAAAAAAGCAUAUGAAAGCGUUUUCGAAUCCUCGAUAUACCAACUGGCACGGAGAGUUUUCAGAAUAGCAAAAGUGUCCGAGGGACGAAUUGGCUCUGUUUGACGAACGAAAUUUCGCGAGUGGAGACCAGAGGAAACGAGUGUUGCGUGUAGUUUGCGUCGAUUGAUUUUUUUUUUUCGUCUGUCAACUCGCACUGACGUCGGUACAACACAAAAAUAAACCGGAAUUAAAUCGAACCUCCGCACCGAGAAACUUGGAAAAAAAUCUUUGAGAAAAUAAUAUCGACCUUUGGGACACGAGUUUUUGUAAAUCCGCCAACUUUUAAUACUUUUGUGAUGACACUGUGAGAAAAUAAUCGAAGAUUUGAACGGGAUUGAUAACAUCGUGCUAUUUGGACACGUGCAUGUCUCAACGACGGUAAAAUGACGUUCAAGUUUCGUUGAUUUCGUGAUAUCUUCCGCACCGUUGAACGCAAGGAAUAACAACCUGUACGCACAGUUAACGUUUCGAGAAAGAGAGACAGGAAAAUAAAAUUGCGAAUCUCGUACGUCUCGAGUGACGUGCGAUUAGACAGUGGAGUGAAUUAUUCGAGUGGAGACAUUGACGAAGGAGAAAAAGUGGAUUGGUGAGGUGGAUGAUGGAAUCCCCUUGGUUGGAGGGCCCUUAUCAGGCCCGAGUCAGGCCAACCCUGUGAGAAGCGCAGUCUCUACCUCGCCAAUCGCGCGACUACACAUCACCUGGAAUGAUGCAGCAGAAAUUCCUGAAGAGGACGGCCGAGGACCUCGAGCCAAGCGGCGGGGGUGGCGGGGACGGUGGAUUCGGCGAGCCACCGGUGAAGUUGCAGUGUACACAGUCGCAGCAUCAGCAUCAACAAGCCCCGACGGGGGCGGGUGGGGGAUCGCACCAUGGCCACAGUCAGCAUCCAUCGGGCAACGGUGCCAACACCGGGCCGGGCUCGCAGGGCGGGGCUAAUGGUAACAACGGGAACGGUGGGAACGAGGGCCUCACCAAGUUUUCGGUCGAGAUCGUGCAACAGCUGGAGUUCACGACUUCGGCGGCGAAUUCGCAGGCUCAGCAGAUAUCGACGAACGUAACGGUGAAAGCACUGACGAACGCAUCGGUGAAGAGCGAUCACGUGAAUUCGACGUCCUCGCCGAAAGCGGGUCCGGACACGACGUCGUCGACGAACUCCUCGAGAACGCAGGCCGGUGGGCAAGGCGGUGGUGGAGGUGGAAUCGGUUGCGUUGACAUCGGCAACCUCGUCGAGUGCAAACAAGAACCGGACAACGAGUUCGUUGAUCUCGAACAGUGCGCGGCUGCGUUGGCCAAAGAUGCCGCAGCGAACGGUGCAGGAUUCCCCGGUUUUCCGGACUUCGGCGAUGACACCGGCGACGAAAUAAUAACGUCGGACGCCUUCAAGGAUCUUCUCUCCGAAAUAUCGGGCUUCGAUCCGGAUCUCAUAAAGGACUUUGACUUCGAUGACAAGAGCGUCGAAACUCUUGGCGUCGGGGCCCCCGGCAAUGUCGGCGGUGGCAACGCCGACGGUGGCGGCGGCGGCGCCGGUGGUGCCGGCGGUGGGAACGGCCCUACCGGGAACACCGGACCUGGCGGUGCCAACAUGACGAACAAUGGCCAAAUAAAGAUCGAGGACGAUAAGGACUCGGUGCACCAGCACACCAACAACGGUACCGCGAGCAACGGCGUCGGGGGUGGUAAUAACGGGGCAGGAAUCGGUUCCAACUCGAGUCCCGGUGCACUCGGAUCGUCCCAAUACUCCCCCGCUCGUCUCCCAUAUUCCGGGCUCGAUUUCAAAUCGGAAAUGAGUCCGGCCGCCCAAACUCUCAAACAAAUGGCCGAACAGCAUCAGCACAAGAGCCAACAGCUCGGACUCGGUGGUUUCAAUCCCAACGCAGCUGCGGCCGCUGCAGCCGCGAGAGGCCCGACCGCCAGAUCGCCUUAUGCCGAGUUUACUCAAUUCGGUAACACCAAUGAUUAUCUCGGGAGCCCCGGCAACAAUGGCCCACCGGGAAAUCAAAAUCAAACUGCCUCCAAUCCCGCCUCUUAUCACAAUAAGAACAACGGCACGUCCGCCCCUUUUCAAGGACAACAGACGAACGACAUGUUCUCAGGACAAAAUCAAUUUUCCGGACUCGCCGAUAUGAAGAGGCCGCAGCAGACCGGUGGAAAGCCAAAUAUGCUCGGUCCCACUGGCGCCUAUAAGCAACAGUACUCGCCUUAUGGUAGUCCAGGCUCCAUGCCGAAUCAUGGCAGUCCUGGUUAUCCUCUGCCUCCGAGAGGUUCUCAAGGGGGUGGACCGAAUCAGACAGGCUCACAGGGACCCUUCACCAGUUCGACGCCGCCUCGGCCACCAUCGGGACCAGGCACGUCUACUCUGCAGAUCAAUCAGGCGCAGCAACUCCACAUCACCAAUCCGGGACACCAGAUACAGGUGUCAGCGGGUCAGCAUAUGCAGCUAACGGGUGACCUCAAACCCGGCGUAUCAGUCGCGGCUCAACAGGGCAUGUACUUCAAUCAACAACAAGCCCAAAAUCAAACGGGACCGAGCGGCCAACAAACCGAUACCUAUUGCUCUGUGUCCCAGUCCCAGACCAUCAACUUUACACAACAAAACAUAAGACGAGCUGCCUCAGCCGCCGGUGGCGGUGUGCCUCAACCUGGCAAUGCCGGGGCCGGUGGCCGUGGUCAUCCACAGCAGGUUCCACCUGGUCAAGUUGAUCAACAUCAGCACGCGAAGCUUCUUCAACAACAGCAGAUAAUGCGGGCACAACAGGUGAUGCAGCAACAGCAGCACAUGGCCGGAGGAAUGGGUGGUGUAAGACCACCGCCACCGGAAUACAAAGCUGCUGCGCAAGCGCAGAUGAUGCACGCCGGCAUAGGAAUGGGUCAACAAGCGAGGUUUCCAAACGCCGGUCCUAUGCGUCGUGUUGCCCAACAACCGAUGCCACCCUCAGGUCCAAUGAUGAGGCCCCAAAUGGCACAGCAACAGCAGCAACAAGCGUUACACGCAGCCGGUGGUAAUAUGUACGUCGGUGUCAACGUAACGUGUGCACGCACAGGCCCUAGCAUGGGCGCGAUUGGCGGCAUGCACCAGAUGCAUCAGAGACUGGGAUAUCCAAGGACCAACAACCAACGGCCGCCCAAUGUAAACGUCGGCCCACCGGAUACACUGGCCAACAGUAUAGCCGGACGUGGCGCUCAACAAGAGUGGCGACAUCUACUGAUGCAUCAGCAGCAGGGCUUUCAAGCUCAAAUGCGACAACCAUUCAAUCAGCAGAGUCAUCAAGGUGGCUUCGUCAUGGGUGGAGCUGGAGGAAUGCAAAUGAGUGCAGCUCAAAUGCAACAUCAGCAGUUGAUUCGGUCGCAGAGCGGUGGCAUGGCUGGUUCAGGAAUGGCCAACAGUUCUCAGAUGCAGCAAUUACUGUCCCAGCAACAUCAGCAACAAACACUUGCAAUGCAACAGGGCAACAAUCAGAUGUCUAUGCAGAUGCAAAUGUCCCAAUCGUCCUCUGUAAACUCCGUUACUAACACGGGGACUGGAUCGCCGUUACAUCCGCAUCAACAAUACGGCGGAGGAAGUCCAGGAGUUCGUAAUAUGCCGCAACAACAGCAACAAGCCCAACAGCAACACAGUCAGCCGCCUUCGUCAGCGCCAGAUCCCUCGGUAGGAACAGCUGCGGAAUUCAGUCUGGAUCUACUAGAGAAUCUUCCCGCUGGUGACACAUCGAAUUUCAAUCCCCAAGAAUUAUUGAAUUCGUUGGAAUCGACGGCCGGUUUUAAUCUCGACAUUCUAUAAGGCUGUGAAAUUCGCGCACAUUAUGUUGACCCCCGUAAAUGUUUUUCAUUGAACGGUCAUCGCCAAGAGUUGCUGAAUCUUGCUCCGAUUUCCGCUCUCUAAAGUAUGCUCUCUGUUUCUCUCUCUCUCUAUCUUAUUCCUUCUCUCUUUGCGUUCAACGAAUAAACGCAAUCCACACGUACAUAUAGAGAGCAUACGUUAUCGAAGGCUCUUCCAGCAUCGGAUAUUUAAGUUAGACGGUCGAUCACAAUGAAAUCGUACCACGAGAUUGUACUUUUAUGUUUCUCUGGUUCGAACAGCUCAAUGGCGUAACAACAGUAACAGAGUAGAAUCAGUUAUGAACGAGAAAAAUCAUCGUUUCUCGGGAUUCAUUGAUAUCGUGGGAAUGUCGUUAGUCAUUGAAACUCGACAGAAAUUCUCGGUGGCACAUUUUCGUGUCGACCGGUCUCUCCGGGAAGUGCUAAUUCUCCUAGAUAAUCACACAAUUUAGUCAAAUUUUCUACCUUUUAAUGAAAUCGCAGAGAGCAAGGAAGAAAUAAGUGCAAGCCUGCCUAGCAAGGAAAUGAAAAAGGAACUGUACAUUGAAAAACAGGACGUAAGCUCCUUUCGAUUUUUCAUUUUCCUUGAAAAUAUUUGUUUUAUUCCAAUUCCGUUUCCAGAGAACGAAAGUGCAGUCGAGUUUUCUCGAAAUAUGUUCCUCAUUUCGAUUAUUAUUUAGGGACUACGGGGGGGUACUUGGCUUCCUCACUCUCUGCGCUUCGAGUGCUCACGUCGACGUUGAACCUGUCGGUGUUACUUCGACGAGCACUCCAAAACCGUAUCGUCGAUCUUCCACGCUUGAUCCUUCGCAACGGAGAUAAUCCUCCCCACUAUUGUAAAUGAAGAUUCAUACAAUAUGACACCAAGUUACUUAUGAAUUAGUUGAAGCAUUUUUACGAUUCGAGACUUUAAACUUCCUUCUCGCGAUCCCUUCCGUAGCUUUCCCCCUUCCCCCUCGGCAAGGAUGUAUGAGAAUGCGUGGAAGAUCGAUCGUCCCUGGAGUGUUAACGAGGAUAAAAAUCAAGCGUUAUUCGCUCCGUUGCCGUUCACUCACGGCUUUCGUGCGUUUAAGGUAAUACCGUAAUAAUUAUUUCGAGUCUAGUGUAUUUAAAUACAUAUGUACAUACACACAUAUAAAUAUAUGACAGUUUGUCUAAUGAAUAAUGGAAAUCUCAGGCCUCGAUCGAAGCUUUAGUUCACAAGUUCAAUCAAGGUUUUUUGAUCCGAUGCCCUUCCAAUGAUUUGAUUAUUAUUAACGGAAUUGUUAGGGAUAGCAGAAAAAUUCAUAGGACUAAUUUUAUAAAGCGAGGAAUUUUCUUAAAAAAAAAAAAAAAAAUAUGAUGGACAACAUAUUUCCAUCUUCAGUAGUUUAGUCCUGUGAGUGGCUCGCAGACGAACAUGGUUUUCUUCCUUUCCUUCUGUUUUCAGAACAAAUAUACCAAAGUUAGAAAAGCGUUUGCCACCAUGUCGGAUACGAAAUGCAUUUUCUCUUCAAUGGUUUCUUUGAUAAUUAAUCAACAGUCGGAAUGGCUUCUCAUCGAAAAAAAAGUGUUUGACGUUUCGUCUCAAAAAUUUGAUCCUCCACUGAAAUUAACAUUAUUGAUUAUACAACAUAAAAUACUCCGUAUACAUAUAUAUAGUUAUAUCAACCGAUAUUAAUAUAUAUGUAUACGCGUAUGCGUAGGACCGUACGCCGCGACGGCGCAAUCUACUUAUUAAGAUGAAGUCAAUUAUGAAACACAUUCGAGUUAGCUGGCGAGAGUCGAAGGAUCGUUUAUAAUGAGCCAAUAUUAGGGUGUAGCGAAAGUGCCCAAACCCGUACGUGCUCGAAAGCGAUCCUCGGCUACGUGUAGAGUUAACCGGGCGAAUCUCGCACCAACAGUUGAAUCCUCUCCGAAGCUCUGUAACGUUGGACGCGUAAAGAGCCCAUAUCGGACAAGCCCACGCGUCGCGUUUUAACAGGCCUACGAAACCUAAGCCAAUUGAACUUUCAUUGUAAAUAUUUAUACAUAUAUAUAGUACGUAAUGUAGAAAGAAUUUUUGAGCGCAGCACCCAAAAUUCGAAGUUAAAGCUAGAAGACUCGAGAUAGUUCGGCGCACAGUCGGCCCGGAAUCGCAAAUAAACCUUCUUUCUGUUUUGUAAAACUUUCACACUAAUGGAUCAAACGAUAAUAUCAUAUCUGGACUGAAAAACUUUUAUGUUUUUAUCUACUGAAUGGAUUCGAGUAUGCUUCCGCUGAAAAAAACCAUGAAAAAUUUAAAAUAAACAUUUUCUUUCUGUGACUUCACGUAUUAUGGAGUACAGUAUUUGCAACGAUUUUAUGAUUUUUUAAAAUCGACAGAAAAGUCAACGCAGGAAAUUCUGCUGGACGAUUUGUCGCUGUUCUAUCUACAGAAUUCUACGGCAUAAUUAUUAUAACGCGAUAACGGUUAAUGACAGAUAAUAAAAAUAGAUAAUUAUUGAUCGCGUUUUAAUAAUCGACGAUUAUUAUAACACGAUAAUAUAUCGAGAGAGUAGCGCGCGAAUCAGCGGCGAAGAGCGCGAUAGAGCGGAUUACAUCAUCCAUCCGGAUGGUCGAAAUUCGGUCUCUCGCGAUCCCAUUCUCGCAAAUGGUUAAAAAUUCGCGUUAGAGCAGGUCCCGCUCUCGGCACAACGAACUAGUUUACCGUCUCGUAUAGCCCGAAAGGCCGUAAACUAACCGCCACUUGUAAAUUCCGCGUUUCCUGCAACUGUAGUCGAUCGUAAAAAGAGAAGAAAAAAAAAAUACGUUACGUGAACGACAAAAAAGUCGAAAUUCGAUAAUUUUUUACAAAUUUUCUAAAUGCCCACGUAAACAAAAACUUUCACCUUAUCCUGUAUGCCAAACACAAAAUGACUUGUCGCCCCCACCUAUCCAUUGACAGCGAUUACGCGUGUUGGAAAAAAAGAAAAUAAUAAUAAAAGAAAACAAGAUAGAUGAACGUAUAGUGUGAUUCCAGUUCGACGUCGCUGAGAACAGGAUCUGCGAGCAGCUAAUCUUCCAAAUAGUGAUACAUUCCAUAGUUGAAAGAAAAAAAAACGAGAAGAAUGAAAUUAAAAAAAAAAAAAAUCGUCGUCGUGCGGUUUUCCAAUCAAAACUGUCGCGUUUAAAUAAAUAUUGUGGAGAAAAAAAAUGAAAACAUAAAAUUUUAGAGAAAAAAAAAACCGGGAAACAGCAUUGCAUUGAAGCAAUGUGUUCUUGCCUAUCCGUAGACGAGUGUCAAAGCUUAAAACUCGAUUGGCCGAUCAUUCGCCGAAAAAAAAUAAAUAAAUGUUCACCGAGGAUCCUAUUGGUACGGGCUCUUCUUCCUGGCUCCUAGAGAUCCAAUUGUCUGCGAUAUAUUAUAACUCAUUCGUCACAGUUAUUAAGAAAAAUAAAAAAUCAAGCAAGCAAAACAAACAAACAAAACAAGGAAUUCAAUGAGAUUCUGUACCGGACGAUUGUGACAUUUAUUGUCUUGUAAAAUAUUGGGGCCACGAAACAUAAUCUAUCGACGAUAAACUUUUGAAGAGUAGUAAAAGGAGGAUCAAGGAGACAGGUGCUCUGAUUCUCGACGUCAAUAUAACCUAUGUAAAUCAAAAAUAUAGAAUUAAUAUUAUUAAUGGGGAUAAAAAUGAAGAGGAGGACAUGGAAGAGAAGAAAAAAAGCAAAAGUUGAAUCGCCACGUAUUGAAGUUAUUUCGUAUUUUAUUUUUCUUUUUCUACGUAUUACACGGACGCAGAUAAUGAUGAAAUUGAAGAAAUUCAAACGAGUGGUUUGGACUGUUGUGAGACGGAAAAACAGAAGACUAUGGAAAAAUGAGUAUUAGGGACCAACGUAAAAGAGGCAGGUGCUCGAGUGCGUGUGUCAACAGUGGAUCGUUGCGUCUGUCACGAACGAAUAAUCGAACGUUUGCGUUGUCCCUGUUUAUAAUCGUCCAUUCGGCCCUUAUCGCUGUCACGCGUAACCCGAAAAAUGACGCUUUUCGGUUUGUUGAUCAUUGAAAUAGUCAAUCCCACGGACCCAUAUUAAUAUAAAUACACACAUAUAUGAAUAUGUACACCUAAUUAUUUAUAUUAUUUAUAAUUUUAUAAUAACUGGGCAUUCUUAUAGAAUAUACAUGUUGAACUUAAAACUGUUAUAUUGAAUAAAUGCGUUGAGUUCCUACGUA